UUGUGAUAAAUGUUUAAAGUGAUAAAUAUUUUAGUAAUUGACAUCGUUCUAAAUUAUAAAAUAUUUUAUUCUUACUCAUUCAUUCUUUAUUUUAAAUAUUAAUAUAUUAUUGUUGAAAGGUUUAAAAGUGAUAAUAGAGGUUAAGUUAUUGAAUAAUUUUCAAUAUUAUUGAAAAAUUUUAUUAUACUAUGGAAUCGAAUGAAAUUACUUGGAAAUUAGUACCAAAUACAGUUGCAAGUAGAAUGAUAGAUUUUUCUUUAAUACACAAGCUAGUACCAUCUAGAAAAAUACGUCAAAGAAAUAAAGCUAUGAAUAUUGCAAUUAAACAGUUUCAGAGUUUAAAAUCAUAUAGUCAAUAUAUUAAAAUGAAAACUUCAAUUCUUCGAAAUUUGUCAGAUGAUAGUGAAACUGAUGAUAAUGUAAGUUUUACAGAAGAUGAUUAUAGUAUUUUAUAUAAAUCUGAUCUAAGUUUAACAGACUACAUAAUGCAAAUGUCUAACAAAAAUGAAAAGUAUACUUAUGAGUCAGAAUUUGAGACUAAUAAAGAUAAUAUUGUUUCUAAUUCAAAAACUAAGAAAACAUAUGUAGAAAAACGCAAAAGAAAAUCAUCAGAAACUAUAAAUUUAGGUUGGCAAAAAAUUAUUAAAAAAAGAAUUAAAGAUUCUUCUUUUGAAACAAAAAAGACAAAUAUAAAUGAUUUAAUAUCUUCUAAUGUAACUUCUUCUCUUAUAAAUGCUAACACACAAGAUAAUUUCAAGAUUGAUGCAAACUGUUCUAAGGAAAGUAUUUUAAAUCUAUCAAAUGAAAUGUCAAUAAAUAAUGAAAUUUAUACUGCAGAAAAAAUUAAAGAUAAAUGUUCCAGAGUUCCAGAUUCAAAUAAAGUAAAACAUGAUACAAUUGUAGUACAUGAAACAAUAAGCAAAAAUAAUGAGUUAGAAGUAUCAAAUCUUAUGAUGAAUAAUAUUGAUGAAAAAUUUCAUUCAAAUGAAAAUUAUUCUUAUAAAUUAUUUGAUGAUUCUAAUACAGAAACAGUAAAAGAAAUCAAGAAAGAAAUGGCAUCAUUAUCAGAUCAUAUUAAUGAAAAUCAAAAUCCUAAUGAUUCUUGUAUAAAUAAAAAUAUACUUUUGAUUCAAAAUAAUUGUAAUCAAUCAGAGAAAAAUUUAAUUAGAAAAGAAUUGAAAGAUCAACUUUUAAUUAUAGGCAAUACAUAUCAACCAAAGGAUUCAGGUAUUGAAGAAGAUUCAGAGGAAGAAAUUUCAGAUCAUAAAAAAAAACAUUAUAAAAAAGUUAAAAACACAAUUCAAAAUACAGAACAAAAUAUAUCAACUACUACUUCUCCACAACCCACAAUAAAUUAUAAAAAUAAUAUGAUAGAUUGUGAUAACAAUUCUGAAAGGCACAUGCUAAAUAAAUCAGAUAUUAAAGAUAUAAUAUUACAUGUAGAUAAAAAUAUAAAUGAAAUAGAAUAUAAGAAAAAGAUAGAAAAGCAUAAAGUACAACCCAAAGUUACUCAUACAGAAAUUGUUAAUAGGAAGUAUAAAAUAAUAUGCGAUACAUCUGCAUUUGAUAAUCAUAGUGAAUCAGAAGAAUUAGAUUUUCAUGAUGAAAAUUAUGAAAUACAGGAAGCACAACAAAUAAUGGAAGAUAGUAUUUCUUCUAAUAAACGAUUGCAACAAUUAAGAAGAUUAAAUUUAACUAUAGAUAGUAACUCUAGUCUUAGUGAUAAUGAUGAUACAUAUUGUAAUGUUGAGAAUAUGAGAAAUAAGCUAUUCGAACGAUCUAAAGAAUCAGUAGAUACAUUAAAUAGUGAAGAUGAAGAUAUAAAUUCCAAACAUGAAAUUUCAAUGAAAUUUGAUGAAAAAUUACAAAAUAAUGAUAAAUAUAUUCAACAUAAAUCAAAUUCAUUAAAUAAUGCAAUAAGUCAUAAUUUUAACAAAAAACAAAAUGUGAGAAAAUUAAAUAAAAAGAAUUUAAAAAUAAAGUGUACAGUACAAUCAGAAAAUGCACAAUCAUCAAUAUGUGAUAGACCAUGCAAUUUACAGGAAUUAAUAGAAAAAGAAAGUUUAGUACUUGAAACAACAAUACCUUCUUUUACCCUUAAGGACAUAGAAGAGGAUGAUGUUUUUAUUAUUGACAUUCCUUCUACGGUACUUGAAAGUGAAUUAAUAGGAAAUAAAAUAGUUUUGACAGACAAAAAAUUAAAACUUGGAAAAAAAAAAUACAAAGUUGAAUGUAAAAGUAUAGAUAAUACAUCUUGGGUUUUUGCUAGUGGAAAAGUUCACAAACCCUACAAAAUAGUAAAUAUUAAACCAAUGAUAAGAGCAGUAACAGGAGAAAAAAUUACAUAAAACUCAUUUGUCCAAAUUAAGCAAAAUUUGUUAAGCAAAAUAUCAAAAAAUGUUCACUUAUCUAAUAUACAAAAUAUUUAAAUAAUGAAAAUGUAAUGAUAAUGUAAGUAAUUUGUGCAAUUAAUUUAGAAAUUUAUCUAUUUAUAUUUUUAUAAGAAUAAUUUAUAUCAUAAUUUUGCAUAAUUUUUCAAUAAUGAUAAUUUUAAAAAUAAUUUUAAAAAUUUAUGAUUA